AUGAACCCAACAGACAGCGGCGUGCCAAAAGGCGCUUCCCUGCCACCGGCCGGUAUUCCGGUCGGUAUUCUCGAGUUACUCUGCUUUUACCCCAAUCACUUCCAAGUGAUUGAGUUGGCGCAGCGAGCGUCUCGAGAGGGUUGGUCGCCACCAAUGAUGGCGAGAGUGCAGCUUUGGUCAAGAGAUGGCAACUUUUCGGCCAUCCAUGGCCGUCGCAACGACACGCUGCGGCAGCAAUUUUCAGCGGCGUUCAGUGCUCAAGGCACCACCAUGACGGCCUACAAGGCCUCUGCAGCUGGCCGACCGUUCGAUCAAACCGACGGUCCAACAUUCACCCAGCUGUACGAAGUCAGCAACGUCACGCUGGGUAGCCAUGCCUCCGGCCCACCGUCCCUGCACCAGCUUACAAAUGGUGUUGUCAACUUUCCGGCCGGCCAGGACGCUGGGGUGCUGACGCAGGCACUACAAUGGGCACAAGCACGGGGCAACGCGGUGCUCUCGACGAUGACCACCGACGACCUACCGACGAUCAUCGCAGCACAGGGCUUCACCAACCCUGCUGACGCCUCAACACCCGAUUGGGACAAGAGGGCUCUUGCUCGGGCUCUUUUGAACGUCCCUCCGCCGCAGUGA